UCAUGCUGCUGCCAGGUCCAGAGUCUCUCAUGGGUCCCUGUACGGCCUCCCAUUGCUGCUGUCUCCAUCGCCACACUCUGCCAUGUGCCACUUUCAGGUUUCCUCACACACUGCUGGGUUCCAUUUUGUCAUAGGGUGCUGGCAGAUUACGGGCCUCCCAUUGCUGCUGCCAGGCCCGUAAUCUGCCAUGGGCCCCAGUACCGCCUCCUCAUGCUGCUGCCAGGUCCACAGUCUCUCAUGGGUCCCUGUACGGCCUCCCAUUGCUGCUGUCUCCAUCGCCACACUCUGCCAUGUGCCACUUUCAGGUCUCCUCACACUGCUGGUGGGUUCCAUUUUUUG